AUGACAGAAACCGUUGUGGUUGUGAAACUGGUGGUGUUGGUCCUCAGAGAGGACGUGAAGGGUCUGCUGGCCGGUCUGACGAAAGAGAAGGGGAGCGCCGCCAUCUCCUCGGCCUACAGCGUUUACUCGUCUCACUGGGGGUCGGCUCCGGAGCCGGCGAUGGUGAAGAAGACGGUGGCCGACAUUGAGACCGACUUCCUGUUCCUGGUUCCCACCCAGAUCGCCCUCCAGCUCCACGCCAACAACUCCACUGGAGCCCGUACCUACUCCUACCUGUUCAACAUGAAGACUCGUAUCCCAGGAUUCCCUCGCUGGGUGGAGGCGGAGCACGCCGAGGACCUGCAGUAUGUGUUCGGGAAACCCUUCGCCACCCCGCUGGCCUACUUCCCCCGGCACCGUGACCUGUCCGGGUACAUGAUCGCAUACUGGACCAACUUCGCCAAGACCGGUGACCCCAGUAACGGCAGCCACAGAGUCCCAGUUCCCUGGCCCGCCUUCACCAAAAGCCAUCAUCCUUACCUGACCAUCAACCACAAGAUCAACAAGAACUCCAUCAGUUACGACCUGAGAUCAGAGUACGUCGCCUACUGGACUCAAACCUACAGCAGCCUGCCGUCAGUCCGGAGGGCCGAGGAGGAGGAGGAGGAGGAGGAGGAGGGAGGGAUGAAGAGGGAGGAGAGGGAGGACUGAGCCGACUGCUUCUGGUUUUAUCAAUAAAUUCUCUUCCUCUGUGGUAAACACGGAUAAUCGAUCCUGCUGUGUGCUCUUCUCUCGUCUAAUAAAUGCAGCCAAACUCUC